UGAGUGAACCGAGGCCCGUUAUAUCCUCCAUUGAAAAUAAUCGACUAUAUCUAUAUAAACAGGCUACACCUCUAUACCACGCUUAGUUAUAGUGACCAUCAUUAUACGGAGCGUAGUGGAUUUCUUUAAAAAAAAAUACAAGGAAUACAGCUGGGAUUUUUUAUUCUUUUUUUUCAACAGACUGAGCAGGAACCGCGGAGCGCCGGAGCAAAGGGUCACUACCCGGGACAGGGGCGCUAGCAUGUGGAAGAAUUGCGCGGAGUUCGGUAAACCCCAGGCCGUUAGCCAUAAAAUGCUAGCUAGAUGCGACAUGAGCGGCCAUGGCGGUCUUAACCAACUAGGCGGAAUGUUUGUGAACGGCCGGCCGCUGCCCGAGGUGAUCCGCCAGCGCAUUGUGGACAUGGCGCACCAGGGCGUGCGGCCCUGCGACAUCUCGCGACAGCUACGGGUCAGCCACGGCUGCGUCAGCAAGAUACUGGGCAGGUACUACGAGACAGGAAGCAUCAAACCGGGGGUGAUAGGCGGGUCCAAGCCCAAGGUGGCCACGCCCAAAGUAGUGGACAAGAUCGCUGACUACAAGCGUCAGAAUCCCACGAUGUUCGCGUGGGAGAUCCGGGACCGGCUCCUGGCGGAGGGGGUGUGCGACAGCGACACGGUGCCCAGCGUGAGCUCCGUCAACCGGAUCAUCAGAACCAAAGUGCAGCAACCCUUCAUCCUGCCCCUGGAGGGCAAGGACCUGAACCCCGGACACAGCCUGAUCCCCAGCUCAGCGGUGACCCCCCCAGAGUCACCCCACUCCGACUCGCUCGGCUCCACCUACUCCAUCAACGGCCUGCUGGGCAUCGCGCACAUGGGGGGAGAGGGCAAGAGGAAGCACGAAGACAGUGAUCAGGAGAGCUGUCGGUUGAGCGUGGACUCCCAGGGCAGUGUGGGGAGCGCCCCCCGGAAGCAGCUCCGAGGGGAGCCCCCCUUCUCCGGCACGCUGGACUGCGGCUUCGACAGGCAUCCCUACCCCCCUGAGGCCUUCGCGUCGGCCAAUCACAGCAAGGCUGAGCAGGUACAAGCCCCGUCCACAGAGCACAGGAACACAACCUCAACCGGCCAGCUAGGACUUUAA